AUCCUGCUAUUUUGUGUACACCGUUUUAUUGUAAAAGCGCGAAGAAUUGUAAACGGGACUUGUAUUUUGUCAUUACUUCAGAUUUAUCAAGCAUGUUAUUUUGAUACUCACCAUUUUCAUUUUUUCGUUCAUUAUUUUAGAUUUAAUCAGAAUGAAAGAUCCAUCUUAAAAACUUUAUUGCAGGAAUUACGUGAAAGUAGAAAUUUCGGAAUAGUUUAUUCUGUGAAUGCUUUGAAUCUAGUAUUUUUCAACUAUGUCUGGCUUAGAAGAAGUUGGGAUUCCUGGUAAAGAAUAUCUACGUGAAGCCCUCACAAACUGUGCUGAUCCAUUAAAAGCUAUUGAAGAUUUCCAGACUGAAAAUGGAAUCCUUUUACCAUCUCUUCGACCUAUGCUACCCCUUCUUGAUAGGCAUGGUGUGCCAAGACUAGAGUUUCAUCUUUCAGUUUUAGAAGAAUUAAAAGAUACGUUAAUAGCACAAAUAGAAAAUCUAUCCAAGCAAGAUUCACGAGACAAAGAAAGGAUACUUAAAGAACUUCUGCAAAAAUGUUUUGUUUUAAUCAGUGUGCCUAAAGUAAAACCAGUUGUUUUAUGCAUUCUGAAACAUAUGAAUAGAGUAGAAGAACAUUACCUUAGACAUCUAGUCAGCAAUAAACAACUUUAUGAUGAAUGUGAUGUGCAAAAAAGUAAAGUAUGGGUCUUUGAAGAUGAUUCCAUGCCCACAAUGAUGAAAAGACAAAGUGGCAUGGAAAAAGUAAUAUCUGUUGUUUUCUUCAGAAGUACCGGACUGGUCAAAGCCAUAAAGCUGGAAGGAUAG